CGAACGACAUGAACUGUGAUUUUAACGUUUUAGAGCGGUCUCUUUACUUUGCGCUACGUUUCAUCUCCAUACUUUUAUUAAUAAAUUAUCUGUGUUAUUUUAAUGAUAAAUUGUAACUUGAACACAUGAAUUGGGUUUAACGUUUAAUGAAUUUUUAAAAUUUUGGAUAUUGUACAUAUUUCACACUAAAUAAACAUUCAGAAUAAUUGAUCACAAGUGUUAGCUUCCUAUUAAUUUUCGUUUUAUUCAAUAUACUAUUAUAUUUAGUUUAUGUUGUCAAAUGGGUAUCCAAUAAUAAUAAUAUGAUUUCUAGGUAAAAACAGUGGAGUAGGCAAUGGGUGAUAGCGAUGAUGAAUACGAUAGAAAACGGAGGGAUAAAUUUAGAGGUGAACGUACUGAAUCAUUAAGAGGUGGCGAUAAUCGUAGAGAUGACCGCCGAAUGCGUGACGAUUGGAAUGACAGGUUAGUGUUAUUUUAAUUCAUAUUGUUAUACAUUUUUAUAUUGCAAGAAAUUAAAAAUCUGAUGAAUUAUCAAUCACUUACCUAUUGAUCGAUUAUUGUUGAUCAAAGCUGAUAUUAUAAUAUAUACCUAGGUACCUAUAUUAUAUUAGGAUAUUAGGUAGGUAUAUGAAAUAAAUUAUUUGUUGAUAAGUAGGCAGUAUACUCUAUUUUUUCAUACCUACUUAUUAUAUGGAAUAUAAAACUAAUUAGAAAUAAUGUUAAGUGUCUUCAAAAUAAUUAUUCAAUUAGGUAUUAAAUAAAUUACUUUUUAAUAAUUAUAUUGAUACAUGCAAUUUCUUAAUGGUAUAGAUUUAUAUAUAAUUCAAUUAAAAUAAAUUAAUAUUGAACACAUUUUGAUUGCAUUUCAAUAAACUAGUAGAGUUGGCAUAUAAAAUUGACCUACAUAGUAAUAUUAUAUUAUUUACAAAGAUUAUACAAUUUGUAUUUAGAAUUCCAAACAGUUUACCAGAUUAAAAAAAUGGUUGAGUUCUAGGAAAGGUUAUACUAAUAGUUUUUCAUAUAAUUAAGUAUAAUUUUGUUUGUUUAGUAAUGUAAUAAUAAAUAACUGUAUUAUAAUUUAAAAUUUAAAAUGUUUACCUAUUUAUGUAGAAACCGUGAAGAUUAUUCUAAUUAAUAUAAGUUAUAAUUAUAUUAAUACAAUAUAUUAAAUAUAAUUUUAACAAUUUAUACAUUCAUCAGUUUCUGUGUGUUUCAUAAAUUGUACAUUGAAUCAUUACCCAAAAAUUAUUUUUGAAACAUUCUUCCAGUUAAUUGUGUAUCAUUCAUAGAUAGGUAAAUAUUUUGAAUUAAAUUAUUUAAUAAAUACUUAAUUUUGAAUUAAUUAUACAUUGGCAUUAGUGUAAUUUGAUUAGAUUUUUAAGGGUUUUACAUUUUAAUCGUGCCAUCAUUAUCUUACCAAAUUGAAAAAGAUAAUACUUAAUUUAUAUUAUGGUCCAGUACUAUUUCAAGUAGAUAUACUAAAACAAUACACAUUUCAAAUUACAAAAAUUAGCUUAAGAAUAAUCAAUAUAGAGUUUAACUUCAAAAAAAAAAUAUAUAUAUAUAUGUAUAUUAUAUAAUAAAAAACUUUAAAACAUCUAAUUAGAUAUACUGCAAGGAUGCGCCUCAUAUCUAAUUUAGCUACAAGUAAUUUAGUUCUCUAUUAUGAUUAAAUAAAUUAAAACCAUUUUUUUAUAUUUAUGACUAAGUUGUACACAAUUUCCCAAUAAGAUAGUUGAUUAUCAUAAAACUUUAGGAUAUUUUGCAUAAUUAAUCAACUACAACUUUAUUUUAAAAUGUGAUGAAGCACUUCCCACUCCAAAAAAAUUAAAAGAUAAAUAUUAUUUAUAAAACAUUUUUGUUGUACUUAUAAGAUUUUAAAAAGUAGAAAUCGAAAUAUUGUUAUUUAUCUACUAGGUAUGAUAGAUUAUGUUUAAUUUAUAACAAUAUAUUUAAAUAACUGAAGCUCUUCACCAGGACCCCCACAUUAAAUUCUGGAACCCUGUACUAAAUGUUUGUCCGGGCCCUUUACAAAACUUCCAAUAAUAAAAUUUACCAUAAAUUAUUAAAAGUCAAGAUUCAUAAGCAUUUUCAUAAUAAUGUCUUUUUUUUUUUUUAUUAGAAUAUUAUCUAAAUGAAAAAAGGAAAAAAAGUGUCUAGGACUCUAGAUAUAAAAAUCUAAUCAUUUUAAUUCAAAACAUUUACAAUCCAUUUCAAGCAAUACAAAAGAUCCAAACACGAUAAUUUCUAGGUACUCCAUGGUUAACCUGCAUCUUAAAAUAUCAAAUUUAUUCAAUAUAUAUCAAAAUGUUAUAUUAUAGUAUUAUUUAAUAUAAAAAAUAAGUAUUCCUCUUAAAAUUUGAAAAAUUACAAAUUCAUUUCAACAGGCAUUUUGUUGUGCAUAGCUAUUAGUGUAAUAUAUGUUUGGUCUUUUUUCUAAAUGUUUGUAUACUUUCAGUAGAUCUAACAUAAUGUUUAUGCUAUCCUGUCUCAUAUGGCCAAUAACUACUAAAUCUUUCACACUGGCUAGGGGGGUAUAAUUUUCAUUUAUUUCUCUUCAUAAACAAUGUUUUUAUUAUUUUGUGUGUGUAUUUAACAUCAAUAAAUAUUUAAUUUGAUCAUGUAUAUUUAUCUAGUUAUGUAUACUUUAUAGGGAAACUUGGGGUCCGAGAAAUCGAGGCAGAGGAGAUUAUAGAGGCCCAAUGCGUGAACGCUACAGCCCAGGUGCUCAAAGAGAUUUGUCACCUCCAGUUAAGAGAAUGAGACCUCCUGAUUGGUAAGUAGAAAAAUUUUCUUCAGAUUUAUCUAUCUUAUGUACUAUAAUAAUUAUCUUUGUAUUAAAUAUAAUAUAAUUUAUUGCAAUUAAGGGAAGACAGACGCAUUGGUUACGAACCCCCAGGUUAUGGGUAUGGUGCACCUUGGGAACCUCCUGCACAUCAUAUGCCUCCUGUUUCUAGGUAGCUACAUGUAGUUUAUAUUUUUGAAUGUAUGUUAUUUAAUUAACUAUAUAAUAUGUAACAAAUAAAACAGUAAUUUAGUUAAAAAUAUUUUUUUUUUUUAAUUUGACACUGAUAAAUUUGAAAUAUAGUUUUUUUUUCAAAUAUUAUUAUCAUUUUAGAAUUAUACCGAUGAGAGAUCCUGGAGCACAUCCUCCAGUGAACCAUCCUGCUCCACCGCCGGUCGAACAGUCUUCGGGAGAUACUCAACCACCAAUGAUGUCAUUAAAAGCUUUCUUGAUUACUCAAGAUGAUAAUAUCACUGACGAGGAAGCAUUGACUAAAUAUAACGAAUAUAAAUUGCAAUUUAAAAGAAAUCAAUUAAAUGAAUUUUUUAUUGCACACAAGGAUGAAGAGUGGUAAUAAUAUUAAUAUUGAUUAUUUUAGGUAUUAGUAUUUUAAUACAAAAUAAUUUUAAAAGGUUCAAGAUUAAAUACCAUCCUGAUGAUAGUAUUAAACGGAAAGAAGAACUAAAUGCAGCAUUGAGAGUAAGCUUAUUUCAAUUACAACAUGUUUUCAUUUGUUUUCACGUUAAAUAAAUAUUUAUACGUUUAUUUUUUCAUUCCUGCAGAAACGAUUAGAAGUGUUUAAAGAAUUUUUGGCAAAUGGCAAGAUUGAUUUUGUUUGUGUAGAUGCUGAUAAUCCAGAUCCUUUGGUUCAUCUUCUAGAUUCAGUCGUAAUAAAACUUGAAGGGGGCACUGAUUUUGAUUUAGCAGUGUUAAAUCCCAAAGAGAUGAUAAAAAGUCAACAAGAAGCAUUAUUUGAAAAAAAAGAAUCUAAUAAGAAAAUUGAGUAAGGAAUCUGAUAAAUAUAUAUUUUUGAGUAGCCAAUUGAGAUAAUGUAAAAUUGUUUAGCUUAUUAAGUUUAUUUAUAAUAUUUGAAAAUAUUAAAUUAUUUAUCUUUUUCUCAAAAUUUUAAUCAGUAAUAUAUUUUUCAAAAUAAUAUUAUAGUACUUGAUAUGAUACCAUAAUACCAAUAAUAUGACAUUGUUAAAUAAUAUUGAUUAUGUAUUAGUGUGUUUAUGUUUAUAACUACAUUUUUAUUUAAUUUUUGGUCCUGUUAUGUUCUUUUAUUUUAUAAAAUUUUUACAAUAAUAUAUUAUAACUGUUUUUGAUCUAUUUGAAAUUUUCUUUAUUUAAAAAAGAAAAUCUUCAACUUACUAUCAUAUACUGGAUUUACUAUUUUAUGAAAUUUAUAAAUUCAAAUAAAUUAUUUAAAUUUUAUUUUAGGCCUAUUCGAAAUUUAGAUGGUGAAGUAGAUAGUGACAAAGAAGACGGUGAUAGAAAUAAUAAAAAAGACAAUUCUGAAAAAACUUGUUCUGGAGGUAAUUAAAUCAAUAUUAAAUGCUUGUUAGAAUAAUUUGUAAUAAUAUUGGUAUUUUGUAUCAACAUGAUAACUCAAUAAAGAACAUUUUUUUUAGAUGUUAAAGUUGUAGAUGGUCAAGAAUCGGAAAUCAUGGACAUAACUAACGAUAACGAUCAAAAUGUAUGAUUUUAUUUUUUUUAAAUAUUUUAUUUAAGUUAAUAUAAGUAAUAGUAAUUAUUUUUACUUUAUAUAGGAUGAAAUAGUGAAACCAAGAGCAUUACAUCGUACCACGUCAGUAUUUUUACGUAAUUUAGCCCCCACAAUAACCAAAAGUGAACUGGAAACUGUAAGUAUUCUUUAAAUAAAACUAUUAAUAAAUGUUGCAUGAUUUCUUUUCUUUUUUUUUUAGGUUUGUAAAAGAUUCCCAGGAUUUAUGAGAUUAUCUAUAGCUGAUCCUUUACCAGAACGACGUUGGUUUAGACGUGGUUGGGUAACAUUUGAUAGAGAUGUUAGUAUUAAGGAAAUCUGUUGGAACCUCAAUAAUAAUGUUAGAGUGAGUAAAAGUUUAGAAUUAUAACUGUUCAGGUUAAAUUUAAAAAUGAAAUGAUAUUUGCAUUUUCAAUUGAAAUAGAUAGGUGAUGUAAUUGUAAAUACUAAUAUUAAAUGUUACUGUAAUUUAUAGCUACGUGAUGGGGAAUUAGGUGCUAUAGUUAACAGAGAUUUGAGUAAACGAAUUCGGUCUGUAAAUGGAAUAACCAAUCACAGACAAGUAGCUCGUAAUGACAUGAAGAUAUGUGCCAAUAUUAUUAACAACUUUGAUAACCGUUCAGGCUUAUGGCAAUUAAAUGAAGGCGAACAAUCGGCUGUAGAAAAUACUUACGGUGUUGUGUCACGAAAUCCCGUUUUACAAAAUAUCACCGAUUUUUUAAUAGAAGAAGCAUCAGCUGAGGAAGAAGAACUUUUGGGUGAAAAUGCAGCUUGUGAACCCGAAGACAAUACUGAAAAAGAUUUGCUACUGUUUAAGGUAUUCAUUAAUUAAUAACCAUUGAGUUUAUUUUAAAUGUAUAAAUUAACAUAUUUAAUGUUUAAUAUGUGUAGAAAAGUUAUGAAAAUGAUAAUUAUUUUUUAUUACAUAGCUACAUUUAUGCCGGGUCGCAUAAACUAUCACGCUAUUAACACAUAACAAAAUGUUUGAUAAGAAAAAGUUGUGAAAAGUUGAAAAAUAUGCUGAGUUAUCAAUUCAAUAGUUAUGGAAGUUAUGGAACUGUUUUUAUUAUUUAUAAUAAAAUUCAAUUUCUGAUAACAGGUUAUUUGUUGAAUUGAUAAAAGAUAUAAGUUAUUUCUACUACUGCCAAUAAUUUUAUUAGACCAAUUGAUAUGUUUUUGAUUCGAUAACCAGUUAUUGGUCGUUUAUGCAACCCAUCAUGAAUGUUUUGAUUUAUAAAACAAUAUGAAUUUUUAAAUUUUUAGGCAUUGGAUAAAAUGUUACUCUACCUGCGUAUUGUUCAUUCAGUUGAUUUUUACAAUCAUAGUGAAUAUGUAAAUGAAGAUGAAAUGCCGAAUAGAUGCGGUAUUAUGCAUGCUCGCUGUGCACUACCCUGUAAUCUAGUAUGAAUCUUAAAUUUUUAAAUAUUUAUAGUUUUAAUAAAUAAUGCUAAAUAAAACUAAAUUUGAAAUUUAUAGCCUUCACAACAAGAGAUUACAGAUUAUAACCAUAAUUUUCAAAUAAAAGCUAACCCUUUGACUGUUACUAAUUUGGUUGAAAUAAGUGAAAAAGAAUUAAUACAGCUCGGAGCCAAACAAGAAGAAGAAGAAAUUGAAAAGUUUGUAACUUCAAAUACACAAGAAAUAUCAAAAGACAAAUGGCUAUGUCCUUUGUCAGGUAAAAAAUUUAAAGGCCCUGAAUUUGUGCGUAAACAUAUUUUCAAUAAGCAUAUUGAUAAACUGGAUGAUGUGAAAAAAGAAGUAAAUUUUGAAUUUAGAUGAAUUUUUUCUGUAAAAAACAAAUUAUAAAUAUAAUUUCUAUUUUUAUAAAAGGUCAAAUUUUUUAAUAAUUAUCUUCGAGAUCCAAAAAGACCUCAGUUGCCUGAACAUCCUGGCAAUAAACAAGCUAGAAAAGAUGUAAAUGAAACUCCACAAUCGUUUCCACCAGCUGCAGCUCCGUAAGAAAUUGUUUUAAAUUAUUUUUCUUGGUAUAAUUUAUAAAUAUAUUUGUUUUAGUUAUCAAAUGUCUGGAUACCCACAAUAUGGUGGUACUGGAUUUGGUCGUGGAAUGUAUGGGUAUUCCAGACCUCCAGCUCGUGGAGGUUUUAGAGGAGGUGGCAGGUAAGUCUUAAUAUUUAGAAUUAGUUUUGAACAAAAUUAAUUUGGCAUCACUGUUUUGGCAAUAGCAUUUGUGAGAAUUUUUCACUUAUAACAAUAUUUAAAUAAAUUGUAUUUACUUUUUGUAUGUUUAUAAUUGAAAAAUAAAUAAGUAACUGUCUGACAAUUAUGUAUAGAUGAUAAUGAACCUCAUAUAUUUUAUCAAACAUCUCACUAUUAUAGUGAUACCAAAACAGUUUUGCUUUUAGUGCUAUUUAUUUCAUUAGAACCUACAGUAGUAUUGUAUAACCUAAUUGUUCGAGGGCAGUUUGGAAAGUUCUCUUCAUUGGACUAGAAAUGAAAACAUAUAUAGAUGCAAAUAUUUUUAACAUAGUUACUGUGUAAGUUUAAGCACUUAUCCAUAACAUGUCACCAAUUUGCAAAUUUUAUUUUUGAAAAGCCGGAAUGUUUGUGUUUUGUCAAAAGUAAUUUGGAGAAUUUCAUCUUCAAAGUGCUUGUAUCUAAACCUAAAUCUUGCCUGUACCAAGGAUAAACAAACACUAUUUUAUAUGAAAUGUUAGAGUGAGAAUUGUAAUGAAAAAAACACCACAUACUUUGUGCUGUAAGUGUUUUACUUGGUGCCAUGCUAUUCAUUUUUAGUCCAAUGUAGGACACUUUAAACUGUCCUCUUUUAAAAUAUGAUUGGUAUUUGUUUUAUAGUAUGUUACACAUCAUCUUAUUAGGGUGGUCCUUAUUCAUAUAGGAAGGAAAAAUAUAUUAAUAUUUUUGAUUUCUUACUUUCCCCUUUUUUUACUCAAUUUAAGAAUGUAAUACAUGUUGAAUUUGACUGUGAUAAACUGGCUUCAUUUAUGUGUCAUUAAAAGUUUAAAAAUUACUAAAGGCGUUGUUUUCUUGUUAUUUGCCAAAAUUGACUUGUUUAAGAUUAUUUAAAUAAUUUUUCAAAUGGUUGAAAAUAUGAUAAAAUAAAUAAUAUUAAAUUGAAAUUUUGCAUAACAUAACAUAAAUAUUCCUAGUUGUCUAGGAAAUUUAAUAUAUAGUUAAAGCUAAAGGUUUAAAUUCCUUGUCAUCAAAAUCAUUUACAUCAUUUUUUAAUACCCGUUCAAGUUAAAAUAUUGAAUUUUUUAAGCACUAAAACUUAAAAAAAUUUAAAAUUAAAUAAUAAAUAAUCUUAUUUCUAUGUAAAUAAUAAAUAAAAAAUAAAAUUCAAUUUUGUUAAAUAAAUUGGAUAACUUAUAAUUUAUUAUUUUUCUUGGAAUAUUAUGGAAUUACUAAAAAUUAUGUUUGAACAUUUUUAUAGAUAUUUGUAUACUUAACAAUUAAGAUGCAACAUAUUUUUGUGAUCAUUGCUAUGGAUUUUGAAAUAAAUUGAAAAAUCAAGAAAACUAUCUCUUUGGUAAUUUUCUAACCUUGUGACAUGUAAUGAGAUAAUUGGAUGUCUUAUCACAAUUAAAUUUAACAUAAAUUACUUUCUUUAAAAUAAGGACCACUUUAUAUCUUUUAUUAAUAAUCCUUUUUGUUUUAAUUUUCUGGUGGCUUUGAUUUACAGACCAAUAAUUCAUUAUCGCGACUUAGAUGCCCCUAAAGAACCAGAGGAAAAUUUUAUUUAAAAACAUUAGCAUACAUACAUAUAUAUAUAUAUAUACAUAUAUAUAUAUAUGUAUAUAUAUAUAUAUAUAUAUUUAUAUAUGUAUAUUGUUUUUUUCUUAUUGUAAUAUCAAUUAUCCCAUUCUAAUUUAAAUCCAAAGUGUAUCUUAAAAAUUUAAUGUAUGAUUAUUUACUAAUCAUGCAUGCAUUUUAACAACAUAUGAACAUACUUUUUUAUUUUAAUAGCUUAAUAUAUAUUUAAAUGCAUGUAGUAUUAGUGAUAACAUUUAUUUAUUUGAAUAAUUAUUGACAUACCUUUUUACAAAGAAAUAAAUAUCUGGUAAAAUGUAUAUCUUUAUGUUUAUUUGUAAACAAAUAAUUUUAUUUGUGGGGUAGAUUGGCAGACUGUUUAGCUCAUGAUAAAUAAUAACAGUGUGUAUGGAAGAGGUGGAGUCUGGUUGGUAAAAUUCCGAAUUACUAAUAGUGAAUUAUUAACCUUUUUGAAUGUUUAUGUUAUUAAAAUAUAAUUGUUUAAUAUAAGGCUAUAUUCUACACUCCUAUAUUUUAAAAUGUAUCAACGUUAAACUAAUAAUAUUACGAUAAAAGUUAUUUCAGUUUUUUUUUAAAAUCUUUUUCGUAAUAGGAAAGUUUUUUUUUAUAUUUUAGCCGAAUGAUAACAAGUUAAGUUUGUAAUUUGUGUUGGAAAAAUGUCCAACAUUUGGAUUUGCCAAUCUGCCCCUAUUGACCCUUUUAAAUGUUUUUUUUUAUUGUAUGUCUAAUAGUAUAAUAUUUUAAUAUUUCCAAAAAGGCGUUUAUAGUUGUAGUCAAUUUUCAAUAUGUUUGUAUACCAUCUAAAUAAAUAUUUUUCCGCAAACAGUGUCAAACAAUUCUAUAUCUGUAAUUUUGUUUAUAUUUAUAGAAAUAUUGUAUUAAAUGUUUAUCGGUUCAUUAC